AUGACUUAUGAAGCCAUGAUAGAUUCACUUUCCACAGGGCAGGAAAAUGUCCCAAACUACAGAUGUGGAAGACCUAAAAAACUGUUGGCUGUGGUCGAAGGCACUGAUUCUGAGCUUUUUACCUGUAUUUCAACCAUGUUGGACAUCUACAAAAUUCCUCAGAUCAACUAUGGGAUUAUCAACCAGAUUCCUGAGCAGAAACAUCAGUUUCCUUUCUCCUAUCGGAUGAUCCCAAAGCAAGAGCCUCCUCACUUGGCAACUGUCAAAUUGCUUCUGCAUUUCCAGUGGACAUGGAUCGGCCUCUUUGCUCCAGACAAUGAAGAUGGGGAAAAGUUUAGAAAUUCUUUUGCGCUUGCAGCUAUAAAAAAGGGGAUUUGCGUUGCUUUCUCACAAAACAUCCCCUUGCAAGAUAAAGAGAGAAAAAUUGGGAAAUUUCUUCAUUAUGCUCACAGUGAAGUAAAAGUUUUUGUAUGUCAUUUGGACUUACAAGCCUCACUAUUCCUAGCAUCAGUCAUUCCAAAAUUUGAAUAUCAUCCAAAAGGAUUUGGGGAAAAAGUGUGGAUUGUCACUGCUUUGACAGACAUAGGGAUCAGAUUAUUUUAUCAACAUGUUAAUCUCUAUCAUAAACAUCUUUUGUUAUCCUUUUCAACUGAGGCCCGAAAAAGUGCACCAUAUCGUCAUUUUAAGGUGGAUACACUUAAUAUUGAUAAGCUUGUGAAGACAACAUUUUUGCCCUUCUAUUCAAGACCUAUAUUAUCUAAAAAGGUUUGGAUAAGAUACACAGAAAAGGAGAGGUGGAAAUUUGCACAUCGUGAAACGAUGUUCAGAAUCCUCUCUGAAGAUGCCUUCGGUAUUUACAAUGCUCUCCAGGCUUUAUCCCGAGCCCUAACUUCUGCCUAUUCUUUGCAACUGAAUAGGAGGAGAAUGAGGCUUGGAAGCCAUCUUUUAUUCCAUAGAUUACAGCCAUGGCAGUUUCAUCAUUUUCUGAGAGACUUCCAGCUUCAUAAUAUUUCAGGAAAAUACGUUUAUAUGGAUGAGAAUGGAAUUCCCGUUGCUGACUUUUAUAUCAUACACUGGGCAAUACUUCAGAAUGGGUCUCCUAGCGCAAUGAAAAUUGGAAAGAUAGAAAAUGUGGCUUCUUCAGAAAUCAAGUUCUCCAUCAAUGAGAGUGCCAUCAUAUGGCCAACAUCAUUUAAACAGAAAGUGCCGUUUUCUAGAUGCACUUCUAGUUGUCUCCCAGGAUACAAGAAACUUAAGCGAGAGGGAGCACCAGUCUGCUGCUAUGACUGUUCUCCAUGUAUGGAAGGAACAAUCUCUACCCAGGAAGAGGCAGCCCACUGUGAAAAGUGUCUGGAUGACCAGCAUCCCAAUAAGAAGCAAGAUCAAUGUGUCCCCAAAACAUUAAGUUUCCUGUCCUACCAAGAAAGCUUGGGAAUCAUUUUGGCACUCACUGCCUCUUUUUUGUCUCUAAUCACUGCCUUGGUUCUGAUCAUCUUCAUUAAAUACCGAGAAACUCCCAUUGUGAAAGCCAAUAACCGGGAUCUCACUUACAUUCUCCUGGUCUCUCUCAUGCUUUCCUUCUUGACUUCCCUUCUAUUCAUUGGUCACCCGAAUAAAGUGACCUGUCUUCUUCGACAAGUCACCUUCAGUGUUGUUUUCUCAGUUGCCAUUUCUUCCUUGUUGGCUAAGACUAUCAUGGUGGUGAUGGCAUUUCUGGCUACAAAGCCAAGCAGCAGGAUGAGGAAAUGGUUGGGGAAAAGUCUGUCCAACUCCAUUGUCUUAUCUGGUUCUGGGGUUCAGGUGGGCAUCUGCAUGAUGUGGCUGGGAAUCUCUCCCCCCUUCCCAGAUUUUGAUCUGCAUUCCCAAUCAGGACAGAUCUUCCUGCAAUGUAACGAAGGUUCAGUCACCAUGUUCUACUCUGCCCUUGGGUACCUGGGCUUUCUGGCUGCCAUCUGCUUCUUGGUGGCUUUUAUAUCCCGCAAACUACCUGGGAAUUUCAAUGAAGCAAAGUGGAUCACCUUUAGCAUGCUGGUGUUCUGCAGCGUUUGGGUCUCCUUUGUCCCUACCUACCUAAGCACCAAAGAGAAAUACAUGGUGGCUGUGCAGAUCUUCUCUAUUCUAGCUUCCAGCCUGGGCUUAUUGUGCUGCAUCUUUGUGCCUAAAUGCUACAUCAUCAUUUUGAGACCUCACAUGAACAGAAAAAUGCAUCUAAUGAUGAGAAACCAUGAUGGCUUCUGA